CCCAACUUCAUUUCAGUUUCCUCCGCAGUGUCUCCCGAGGUGGUCGCCAAAAGGAACAUUGAGAGCUUUUUUUCGCGUGGGACUCAACCAUGGAGAAAGCUUCAUCCCACAGAAUUUUUCUUAUCGUCGGCGCGCUUCUUCUAUGCGUAUGCGAAGGCCGCUCGAUCACCGGGAAGGAGAGAUUCCGUCGUGGUUUCGAUCUAUCUUCAACACAUUCCCUAAUCUCUGAUACACGUCUUCCACGUGACUUCCUGCCCCUAAACUACACCCUCGAUCUAAGGCCCAAUAUGGCGGAAUCCACUUUUACUGGAAAAGUUCGAAUUAUCAUUCAGUGCAAUGAAACCAGCGAUAGGAUCACCCUUCAUGCUCACCAUGAGCUGCAAAUUGAACGAUCAGACAUCAGGCUGAAGAGGAUUGUCGAAGAAGAGAAUUUAGGGGACCUAAAUUCUACAGAAGUGAAAAUCAGGAGAGCUUCUCACACACCUAAAAAACCAAUUUUCGUCAUUUACUUGGUGGAUACGAUAAAGAAUGGUACAGUUCUGGAUUUGGAGAUUGAAUUCAGUGGGAUGAUUUGGGAAAAUGCCGAAGGACUCUUCAAGGGUUCCUACAUGGACAAGAAUGGAACUAAAGUUGAGUACUUGGCUACAAUGUUCAAACCCAAUAACGCACGACGACUCUUCCCCUGUUUCGAUGAGCCUUCCUUCAAGGAAUCAUUUGAAGUUAGCAUUUCUCGUCCAAAAGACUACCAUACACUCUUCAAUACAGAUCCUUUUAGCACAGAACCAUUGGACGGAGAACCAGGAACUGUUGUUGAUCACUUCAAUCUCAUACCGGGAAUUUCAACAUUCUCAAUUGGAUUCCUGAUUUCAAACCUCGUUGUGAUCAAGGAUGAAACUCUACCAGCGGGAGAAGAACAGAAAAUGAAGGUUUACGUCCAACCGGGAAUGGAGAAAUCUUUCCCGGGAAUUUAUGAGAAGAUCCACAUCAUCAGGAAAGCUUUAGAAGGAUUCUGGGGAUCUGAGUAUCCUAUUUGUAAUCUCAACAUCGUUGCCCUUCCUGGACUUACCACAGUCAAGGCGAUCGAUAACUGGGGAUUGAUCAUCUUUAAGGAAAACGAACUGCAACAAGCUAGCUACUUUACAAUUGCUCAGGAGAUGGUUUACCAAUGGAUUGGGCACUCAACAACGCCUCAAUGGUGGAAUGAUGCUCAUAUUACCCGAGCAAUUGCUGGUUUUCUAGCUGCAACCAUCGCGCAACAGUAUACAGAUGAUUUUGAUGAGAAGUGGCCCAUGACCGUCCUGUACUCUAUCUACUACGAAUUCAGUAAGCGCUAUCCACACUCUAGGAUAACCGGGAUGAAGCAGGAAUCAAUCUGCAGUAAAGCUGAGUUAUUCCUUCGGAUGGUUAACUACACACUAGGCUAUGAUACUGUCAGAAAAGCCAUGCAGAACUUCUAUGAAGACAAACGCUGUCGUACCUUCCAAAGCGACGAUAUCUGGAGCGCUAUGACAAUUCAGGCUCAUAGGAAUCAAGUCCUGGAUAAAUCCAUCACUGUUAAUGAGAUUGCUGAAUCCUGGAUCUCCAAAGAUCGCCUGCCCGUUGUAACAGUUGAUCGGAACUACGACAAAAAGGAAGCUACAGUAUCUCAGAAAGUCUACCUCCGUGAACGCCCCCAUGAUGUUCCUGAACAAGACAAGAUGCUCUGGUUUAUCCCACUUAUUGUUAUUUCUGAGGACAAACUCGAUUUUACGGACACCACUCCGAAGAUGUGGAUUAAAAAGACAAGAGAAGCUACGCUGAAAAACCUCCCUGAUGCCUCAAAGUUCAUCAUUGUUAAUCCCGAAGAAAUUGGACCAUUCCCAGUUAACUACGAUGUUGCUAAUUGGAAUCUUCUGGCUGAAUUCCUUCAAACGGAGGCAGGACGAACAACCAUUCCCAUCUAUACUAAAGCCAAACUUCUCCAUGAUGCUUGGAAUUUAGCAUAUGGUGGGCAUCAGAGCUUUGCAACAGCUUUCAACAUGACACUCUUUAUGCGCGACGAGAAGGAUCAUCUUGUGUGGAAUCCCGUCUUUACAAUGAUCGACCACAUUGGGAGACACAUCGACAGUUCAGCAGUUCACAAUAAAUUCGAAACUUACGUUCGUAUCCUUCUAACACCUCUCUACGAACGUCUGGGAUCGGAAGCUCAACCCAAUGAGGAGCAUUGGAAGGAAAACCUGAGAUCACUGUCAAAGACGUUCCUCUGUCGUGCAGGCUACAAGCCGUGUAUUGAACGUGCUCAGGCUGCUUUUGCAACGUGGAGAACAGCAAAGGAUCCCGAUGCGGAGACCCCCGUUGAGAAUCAAUACAUCUGCCCUGUGUUCAAAUGGGGCACGCAGGAGGAAUGGGAAUUUGGGCUGGAACGAGUAAUUAACUUCCCAAAGGACAGGAAGCAAAGUGAGAGGACUUAUCUGCUGAAGAAUCUCGCUGGAUGUCCAGCACAGACGGAGAAAAUUGAACGUUUGCUCAACAUAACGAUCCUUGAGUCUAAUGGAAAUUUUUCUGAGAAUGAUAUUUCUCUGAUCUUCAGUAUGCUCUCAGGGGGAUCAAAUGGGUACACCACGCUCUUCCACUUCUUAUCCAACAAUUGGGAUACAAUCAAGGAGAGAUUUGAGAGCAAAACCAACUUGUGGGAUAACUUGAUCGGCACAUCAACUGGCGUCUUCACCACCCAGGAAGGCUACGACAUGGUCUCAGCGCUCUACGUGAAGCGCCAGGGGGAAUUCGGAAGUGCUGAGCACAUUAUUGAGAAAUCCCUCAAGAACAUCAAGGAGGAAACCAAGUGGAGCGAUGAGAAUCUCCCGGUGAUUGAGAAAUGGCUCGACAACUAUCUCAAAACCGCCAAUACGUCGGCAAAUAAAUUCAUGGGCUAACGUGUGUGUGUUUCAUGGCGUUUCUUUAUUAAUAAAAUCUUUCACAUGAUGUGCAAAACAA